AUGUCUAGUAGCGUCCCUGUUAUUGUAAGGUUGUUGGCGUCGUCGGUGUCAGUAGCUCACAGAGCUGGUAAAAUAGUGCGAGAUGUAAUGAGUAAAGGAGAACUGGGAAUAAUAGAAAAGGGUAAAGAUGACUACCAAACAGAAGCUGAUAGGUCUGCACAGCGCUGUAUCAUUGCAUCAUUGUCAGCUCAGUACCCUAAACUAACUAUUAUUGGUGAGGAGGAGUCUUCUGGAAAUGAGGGUGAAAUAGCUAAUGAUUGGCUAGUUUCUGAGCCUGACAAAGAACUGCUGUCUCUGAAGUGCCCAGCUAAUCUGCAGAGUAUCAAAGAGGAGGAUAUAGUUGUGUGGGUUGACCCUCUGGAUGGUACUUCAGAAUAUACUCAAGGAUUCCUUGAACAUGUGACUGUUUUGAUUGGGAUAUCAGUCAAUGACAAACCUGUGGCUGGUGUGAUUCAUCAGCCCUAUUAUAAAACUAUGGUAGGUUCUGAAAAGAUAAUAGGAAGAACCAUUUGGGGUUUACAAGAAGCAGGUGUAGGAGGGUUUACACCUACCCCACCUCCUGACUCUUUGGUCAUUACCACUACUAGAAGCCAUUCAAAUCCUGCUGUAGAGAAAGCAUUGCAAGUUAUGAAUGCAACACAAAUUCUCCGAGUUGGUGGUGCUGGUUAUAAGGUUCUACUACUGUUGGAAGGUAAAGCCUCUGUAUAUGUAUUUGCAAGUCCUGGAUGCAAGAAAUGGGAUACCUGUGCCCCAGAAGCAGUGCUAGCAGCAGCAGGCGGCAAGUUAACCGACAUUUGCGGUAACUUUUAUAAAUAUGGCUCGUCAGUGACACAUCCCAAUAAAACUGGUGUAUUGGCAGCUGUAAAUAAUGAACUGCACACUUAUGCUCUCAACAGAAUACCACAAGAGCUAAAGGAUAUACUUACUAAUAAAUAA